AUGGGCCAACCGCAGUCGGCGGAUGUCUGCCUGUACACUGAGGACGACCCGCUCUUCUCCGCCUUCGCAUCGAAGUCCGGCGACGGCAAUACGCUGCUUAUUGGUUCCGCGUCAUCGGAGACGACAGAGAUACAUAUGCUCGACCUGCGCAAGGGCAGCAGCCACACCACGCUUGAGACGGUGCGGCCACGCGAGAAGGGCGUGCGCUAUGACGUGGAGCUUCAUGGCACAGACACGCUGAUGAUUUUGACGAACAAGGACAAUUGCAUGAAUGGGAAGGUGCUGCUUGCCACGCGGAAUGCGCCGGCGGAGUGGAACCGGGUGCUGGUGCCGCACAGCGAGGAUGUCUUCAUUGAGGGCAUCGCCGUGUUUGAGAAGUUUGCCGUGUUCGCUGGCCGCCGCGCAGGGCUGACGCGCAUCUGGACGAUGCCGCUGGGCCCCGAUGGCACCUUCGCCGCCGCCGCUCUGCAGGAAGUGGCCUUUGACGAGCCUGUCUUUGCCGCCACGCCUGAAUUCUCGCAUAUGCAGAUGUACAAGACAGACACAGUGCGCAUCUCCNUUUGA